AGACUGCCUGUUGGACGUGCACACAUCGAUCCGUGGCCGCUCAUCUGGUGCCGUAUAUAGAGAGAGCAAUUACUCUGAAAUCGAAUAUCUCUACGGGAUACAUCACCGGCCCUGCCUGUUCUCGCUGUUUCUUGUUAUUGGAAGAACGAAAGUCUACGAUGCCUUCUCCAGGGCUAUUCGCUGACGAGGAGCAUUCGUACAUUGCCUCUCAAGUAGCCAGCGCGCUCGCUUCGUUUGCUGCCAAAAACCCCAAAUCUGCCAAAGCCCAUGGCAAUGCCACCGCGCAUAUGCCUGGAGGAAACACGCGUACCACGCUCUUUUCGAAUCCAUUCCCUCUGGCCAUCAAGUCCGGCGCCGGUAAAACACUGACUUCGGUUGAUGGACGCACAUAUAUCGAUUUUCUGGGCGAAUACAGUGCUGGAUUAUUCGGACACUCGAAUUCGCUCAUCGCGGAGACGCUCAUCACUGCGAUCAGGAAUGGAUGGAACUUCGGCGGCGAGACUUUGGUAGAAAAGGAGCUUGCAUCCAAAGUCACCAAGCGCUUUUCCGAGGGAGGUCUGGACUUGGUUCGUUUCACGAACUCGGGGACGGAAGCCAACACCCUGGCUAUCGGCACAGCCAUACACUGGACAGGGGGCCGCAAGAAGGUGUUGGUUUUCAGCAACUCCUACCACGGCGCCACCAUGUUUUUCACCAUGGAUCUUUGCCGCUGGGUGCACUUCAAAUCGUCGAGUCCGCGUCCAGCCCCGUUGGCAUCGAACCUCCCACAUGAUUUUGUCAUGGCGCCCUACAACAACGUUGCAGAGACGAAAACCAUCAUCGAAGAUUUGCCAAAUGAAAGUCUCGCGGCAAUCGUGGUUGAGGCCGUCCAAGGAGGCUCAGGUUGCCGUCCCGCGACAUUCGAGUUUCUUUCCUACCUGAGAGAGACAGCCACAAAGUUGGGAGCCGUGUUGAUCGUGGACGAGGUCAUGACGUCUCGUCUAGGUCCCUCUGGUGCUUUGGCAGCACACGGCCUAAAGGCUGAUUUGAUGACGUUGGGGAAAUGGAUCGGCGGUGGUAUGAGCUUCGGUGCUUUUGGCGGACGAAGAGACAUCAUGGACGUCUACAAUCCUGCCAAUGGGGUGAACACGCUAUGGCACCCAGGGACGUUCAAUAACAAUGUCUUCUCCAUGUCCGCGGGUGUUGUGGGUCUGAAUAUUUACGACGAGCAAAAAGUACACGAAUUCAAUGCCCGCGGAGAUCGGAUGAAAGCUGGACUCACGCAGCUUCUGUUCGAUACAGGCAUCUAUUCGAAAGAGCACGCUGAGCACUUGAAAGAUAUUCGAGAGAUCGACAGCUUCGAGACAAGUACACGAGUGUACACAGGCAACGACGAAGUUGUCCCCCUGCCCAAAGUUCUCAUCUCCGGGCGCGGUACCAUGUUGAACUUACGUUUCACCGGUAGUGAUGCUGGUCUGUGGCACAGUCUCUACCAUCACUUCAUGCUAGAACACGGCAUCUAUAUGGCGAGCCGAGGAUAUACACCAAUGAGUCUAGAGAUUACAGAUGAAGAUGUUGACAGUUUCGUGGACCUUGUUGGGAAAUUCAUGGCCAUUCAUCUCGAUGAGUUGCUCAGAAAGAAGUGAUGGCAUUGUUGUGCACAAUGAAAUAUAGCUACCAUCUUGUUGGCUGACGAUGCGCGAUCGUGAAAACGUCCGGAACAGAAUACGAGUCCUCCGAGGACAGAAUUACGAUAUUUGCCACCCAGACUACCGUGAGGGACAGAAUACAGAAUUGCUCGAGGG